ACACUCUGGGGAGGAAGCGGGCGAGGUCUGAGAGUCAGUGAAAGAGGAUCAGAGACACGUCGUUCCCCUGGUGUAUAUGCUUGCAGUCUGCAUUGGUGAUGUUGUGUGACGUUCAUUGGUCUUCAGCUUGAAGUGAUCCUGUUGCCUGCGUAGCAGUUGGCCACCGUGAUUACCCGAAUAUAACGCCCGUUCCAUAUAGCGGUAUUUGGGGCAUAUUCAGUCCAGAUGCAAGGAUAAUAACCGGGCUUUCUACUCGGGUGAAGACGGUAGUUUAGUUGCUGAGUAGCGUAGUUUUUCUGUCUAUCGCUGUUGCUCGUUCUUCUUCCAAAAUUACUCCCAAGAAAAAGGCUGGCCGGUUCGAGGAGAAGUGGAACUGGGCUGUGAUUUCGGUUGUUCAUCUCUCUGGACUUCUAGACGAUCAACAUGUCAGGCGAGUCGAGCUCCUCAUCGGGCAGGGCCGGGGGCGGCAGCAGCAGCAGUGGCGACAACAACAACAAUCAGUGCUCCUCACACAGUCAGAACAACGGGAGCUGUGGCCCGGGAGAGCCCUACAAGUCCGACUACACAAUGAUCAGAGAGGCAGGGUUUGAUCACCAGCAUCACUUCAUGCUGUCGUACGGCAUCAAGCCCUGGGAGGAGGGGUCCUACGAGGAGGCAAAAGCCAUCCUGGAUGGCUUCAGAGAGCAGAGCCAGCAGCAGCAAGAUGAUGAUGAUGAUGAUGAUGAUGAUGAAGAUGAUGAUGAUGAUGAUGAUGAUGAUGAUUAUGAUGAUGACGAUGGCUGGUAAGGGAUGACGCGGCAGUCUCUCACGGCGGUAGCGUCGAUGACGAUGAUGACGAAGAGGAUAUUGUUAAUGGCGAGGAUGGCAAUUAUGUGAUGACGUGGCAUUCGCUGAUCAGGGAAGCUUUGAUGAUGAUGAUGAUGGAAGGGAAAACUGGACGGUGAUGAUAACAACGACAUAAUAUAAUGCUGCUGCUGCUGCUGCUGAUGAUGAUAACGAUGGCGUUGAUGACAGUUCUGUGAUGACGCGGCACUCGUUAAUGGUGCUAGCAUCGAUGAUGAUGAUGAUGAUGAUGAUGAUGAUGAUGAUGAUGAUGGGGAUAAUGGCGAAUAUGUGAUGACGUUGCUCUCGCUGAUGGGGAACGCUUCCAGAUGAUGAUGGAUGUGGAAACCUGGGAGGUGGUGGUGAUAACCACCAUGGUGGACUUGAGCGAUGAUCAUGCUGAUGAUGGUGGUAAUGCCGAUGGUGAUGCUAAUGAAAUUGGUGAUGGCUGUUAUGUUAUCACAUGGCACUAUCUCAUGGUUGUAGUGUCGAUGAUAUGAUGAUAAUGGUGGCAAUGAUGGCAGUUUAAUAAUACCAUGACAUGGCACUCGCUCAUGGUGGUAGCGUCGAUGGAAUUGAUGAUUAUGAUGGCGACGAUGACGAGGAGGAUGAGUGAUGUCUGACUAUGAAUUUAGGAGGCAGCCUACGCGCUGCGAGGUCUGUAGAGAAAGACCUGCACAGUCUUUAUCCUGUACGCUAAUCUGGAUGAUGAUGUUCCUAGUAAGAUUCAUCCGGGAGUAAUGUUGAGGUACCCGGGCUUUAAUUUGUAAUGAAAUUUGAUAUAUAUGUAUAUAUUCUAAACAAAGCUGCCUUCUGCUC